AUGUUCCCAGCUCCUCACAUUGAGGUCACCUCUGUUUCCAUGCAGCAUUGCAUCAACGUUAAUCAAAAUCAAACAAAAUCACCAGAAUCGACUACAUACCCAUCAUCUUUGAUGCAACCCAUGUCCGUGACUGAUGCAGAACUGCCCAUUUCUGACUAUGUGUCUGAUCUCGAGGCAUGCAUUUCAUCUUCAGUCCCAGCUGUGGAAGACUCUCUGCUGGAGAUGAAUCUGCAGACAGAUCACUCGCAACAAGCUGAGCAAUUUUGGAAGGAUGUGGCAGAAGAAAAUCAAAAAGCUCUAGGAGAUGCCCUGGAUGAAAAUGAACAUCUGCAGGUCACUUUAAAGAGAAAACAGUAUGAAAUUGUAUCAUUGAAGGAAAGAAAUGUCCAACUGAAAGAACUUGCUAGUAAGGCAAAACAUCUGGCAUCUAUACUUGAUAAACUAAUGAAACAGGAAUGCCAGAACAUCAAUGACACCAUGUCUGAGAUCUUUCCCUCAAAACUCUCAGCUAAGCGGCAAAGAAUCGAGGACACCUCCUUUUAUAACCAGGACUGUGAUAAAGUUGAUGAGAUUUUAAGAGACAUCUCGGAAAAAUGCAAUACAGCCUUGCAAACUCUGAGCGACACAGACUCUAAAUGUUUCAGGAUGAAACAGUACUCUGAAGAACCCAGUUAUAACGAAAGCCAGGAAACCAUCAAUAUGUAUGGAACUUUCAAUGGGCUUCAAACAUCUAUGGGCUGCCACAAGGUCAGUUCAGAUAGCAAUGAACUGGACAAUGAUAUGUCUUUCAAGACAUCAAUUCGCGAUCACUGCACAAUAAGAACACUAGCUUUUCCUCAGGGUAAUGCAUUUACCACCAGGACACCAAAUGGGGGUUUCAAGUUUCGAUGGAUUCCCAGUUGA